CGCACGCCAGUUGCUUCACCAAGCGCGCUGAGAGAACCUAGCCUGGGCACAACAUAUACGUUGGAAUUUAAAAAGUUGAUUUAGUGUUUGAACAUGUCGAAGUUGGUAUUUUUGUGUUUGAUGAUUGGAGUGGCUAGUGCUGCUACGUUUAGAGGGAGAGUGCCGAAAAAACCAGCGCAUUUAGCUCACAAAGAAGGCUGCUACGUGGAGGACGUAAAUGAUGUCAUCCCGUACGGGUCCAUGGCUACCCCCAUCGGCAAAUGCGUCCGGAUAGAGUGUGGAGGGGACAUGCUGUACUAUGCCACAUGCGGGUCGGUGGCGACUAACGAUCCGAAAUGCCACAAGACAAAAGGGGAUCUCACGAAGCCCUACCCCCAUUGCUGCCCUACGAUCAAGUGUGACGCCGAAAACCAAGUCUAAUGACUUAUUAUGAGAGUAUAUCCAACUGGCUGAAAAAAACAGGCUGUGAGAAAUUAAAAAAAAACCAAUUAUAUUUAUUUAAAAUGAAAUAAGGUCACUACGUUAGCCUGGCUGCGAGUUUAGUAUGGUAAAGCCGGAAAAUAUAUGUAGUAUGUAAUGGACUCGCCAUAAACACUAAUUAAAGGAUAAACAGACCCCAAUGUAAAUACCAGCCACACUUACCAGGACCAUUCUCAAAAAAUAUGUCUACCGUCUAAUUGCCGCGACCCAUACAAAAUGUAUGAAAAGAGUCCGUGGCAAUUAGACGCAACCUCAGACAUAUUCCCAGAGAAUGACCCUCCAGUCUGCCAUACUUAUCCGUAUUACCUUAAUCAAACUGUAGUAGGUAUAGUCUGUAUACAUAAUGUAAAAUUUUAUGUGUAAUUUGAGCUCAUAAAUGAGCGUUAUAAAGAUUGUUCGAAUGUUGCUUGUGAAAUAUUAAUUAAUAGUGGGUAUUUCAGCGUUCAGUGUCGAAUUAUAAUUGUUGAGCUGUUUGAGAGAUUCUAUAGCGCAAGUAGGUACUUAUUGAAAAGCCGAUUAAGCUUAAACGCUAAAUAGCUCAAACUCUGUGACAGUAUAUAAUCGGUAACUAUUUGAUACUUUCUUUAUGAUCUUUAUGAAUUUAGUUCCUCCUGGACCCUAGAAGCGCCUGUUUAGUAUAAUAUGAAUUUGAAAUCUCGUCUUGUUUAAUAAAAGUUUAAAUUGUAUGUUAGAAUCCGUCCUAUAAAGAGGCUUCUGGGUUACAGAAGGAUAUAAAAAAUAUUUUGUGAGAAAAAACAUAGGGACCAAAUACUGUGGGACUACGAUUUAUACAAAAUGUAAAAACAUUGGGCAUUGUUAUUGUGAGUAAGAAAGUAAUUAUUGAAGUACGAUUAGCGAGCCAAAAUGGUUAAGAUUAAUAACUUAACAGCAGGCCUAUUAUGGAUGGGUUUAUCCACGUGACAAAAUAUCCGUCACUUUUUAACUGAGCGCGAAUAAAAGUGACGGGUACCGUUUUAUUACGCUGUCACGUAGACAAGAACGACCAUCAUACCUAUCCGUACAGGUUCUAUUAUUCCAUGCUUUUGCGUAUCAAAACCUUAUUACCUACUCACGUUUUGAUUUUGCAAAUAGCUAGCGGUGUAGCCCGAUGUCAUUUUAGGCUUGCGGUAUUCACAAAGUGGACUGUUUUAGUGCGUUCAUUGAGAGCGUAUUUGCCAUCAAAGGACGGGUCAAAAGAGCAAUGAUACAGAGUGGACCGCUUUGCUCUUGACUUGCGUUUUGAUAUCCAUUUGGAAGGCCUUAUUUUCGAAUGUGCAUUUAGCGCUAAAUUAUACUGAAAACGUAUUAACGUUCUUCUGAUAGGUACUUAUGUUUGCAUCCAACUGAUAUUGAUAAGUACAGUCAGCAAAACUAUUAGCUUAGCAUCCUUGCAUUUAAAAAUGUAUGCAGGUGUGCUAAGCUACUAAUUUUAGUGACUGUACCUACCUACAUUAAAUUACAUUGAUGUUUACAUUAGGUACAUGCUCUUUCUUCGUUAGUACACUCUUGAAACCAGUUAUAAAAAUAUAUUUUUGGGUAAUCUACUAUCUAGGGUGUCAACUAUCAAAAUCUGUUAUGCCGUUUUUGUGUGAUUAAUUAUCAAACAUCUAUAAUAUUUUUCAAACUGGAAGGGUACGACGAUAGAUAUCAUCUUCAUACAAUUUAUAACCUAAAAAUGCCAAAUAUCGCAAAAUUGUAUUGAAUUGACAUCUAUCAUCGUACCCUUCCAGUUUGAAAAAUACUAUAAACAUAUAACACUUUAUAUUUAUUAGUAACAUUAGCUUGAUUGAAAUUGUACAGUACCGAGUUUUGGUUUCAGAAUAACGUUUCCCUCUGAUCAAAAUGGCCUAUCAAGGUAAAGGUAGAUUUGUUGAUUAUGAAGUUCAUAUUGGUUUACCGUUGAAAUCACCACCUAUACUUAACUUAGAUGUCUGCCAUUUAACUGAGGCAGUUAUUAAGAUCAGCUAGGUGGGUCAAAAUUUUCGUUAUCUUGUUUUUGUUCCCCAAAAAAUGUGACUGAGCUUUUUGUAUGGGGUGAAAUAUAGUUUUGAAUUUUUAUUAAAAUAAUUAAAAUCUACAGCUAGAAAGACAAGCAAUAGCACUAAAUUUUUUUAUUUAUUUGAUAAAAGACACGAAUAUAAGCGUGACAGGUAAGAAACAAGACAACGAAAAUAAUUUUGACCCAACUAGAUAUCUAUAAACAUUAAAUUAUAAAUUAGGAAUUUUAAGAUUAUGUAAUAUAGUAUAUGUUUUAUGUUGAUUUUAUGAUUAUUUGACCAUUUGUUUGACUUUAGUGUAACCAGUUGGAAUACUCGUGUAAUUGGAAUUAAAAAAGUUCCUUAUUAGAGUUGAGUUUUUUUCGACUCUCGAAGCUAUCUUGCCGCCAAAUUGUUGAAUUAAUUUAUAUUUAUUGAUUAAAUAAGUUUGUAAAAA